AUGUCCUCUAAGGCCUCGAAACCGUCAGAACCCAGCUCAAAGAAACAGCACUCGCCAAAACCCAAGUCCAAGUCCAAUUCCAAGUCCACGAACGACAACUGGGCUGACAUUACCGACCCUGAGGAGCGCCGGCGCAUACAAAACCGCCUGGCCCAGAGAAAGUUCAGGAAGAAGACACAAGACAGCAAAGAGAAGGCCGUUCGCGACGCCCACAACGAGGCCAACGCUCACAACGCCUACGCUAUCGCCUCGCCCUCCGCGGCGACGACGGCAGCGGCGGCAGGGGCGGAAGAGGAGUCCGGCCUACCAUGGGGGAGCAUCAACUUCAACCACGUCAUCGCCCGAGGCCACGAGCACGAGAGCCGACGCGGCAGCCGCCGCGACGACUAUGUCCGUGAAGAGCCGCACUACGCAGCCGGCUACGCCUCCAGCUACACGGGAGGCUAUAACCAGCCCGCGAGCUACGGGAGUAGCGGGGGAGAGGACUACUACUACGGCGGCGAGUCGCCGUUUUUCUUCGACUAUGAUCAGAGUGACGACAUGAGCCAGGGGCAGGCUGGACCGUAG